AUGUCUCUUCUUCUCAGCCGGCGGCUGUCGAGGGUAAGAAGAAAAGCAUCUCUUCUUGGUCAUGUUUUCUCCAAUGGCUUCUCAACUUGGACUACUCCUUGUCUCAUCAUCCGCGCUGAAGCUUGCGGAGAGGGGGAGAUGGGAAGACUCGAGAUUUUUAAUGCGAAUGAAUAUAAAUCCACUCUCUUGGAAAAGAAGGUGCCUCUUGAGUUGACGUCUAGAGAAACAAGGGUAACGAUCGGGGCAUCUCACGGCUGGAUAGCUACACUCAAGGACGACGGAAUCCUCCGUCUCCAAGACGACCUAAACCCUGCUGCAUCCGGGACAGAUCCGAAACGCAUCCCGCUGCCUCCUCUUGUGACUCUGCCACGUUGCCAAACCCAAAUCGUCACCAACGUGUCACUGUCCUCAUCUUGUCCGGAGAGUGAUGAGGACUGCGUUGUGGCUGUCAAGUUCUUGGGACCUCAGCUCAGCUUCUGCAGGCCAGCCGCCGCUAAGAGUGAGUGGACCAACAUCAGAGUCGCAAACCCAUGUUUCUUCUCCUCCCGGGUCAUGUUCUCCGAGGGAGAUGGCAUGUUCCGCAUUCCCGGAGCUGGAGGACACGUGAUUGGUUCAUGGGAUCUCAGCAAAAAACACAAACACAAGAUCCAGAGGCUACGUUUUCAAAACCUCCCCGAGCUGACCAAGGCCAAGCGGGAGCUUUUGCAUUCGUGUCUCACAACGGAGCACCUCGUGGAGUCAAGAACCACUGGAGAAACUUUCAUGGUCAAGUGGUACAGGAAGGCCGCCAAGGGUCUCUGGAGGUUGAAGACGAGAGCUUUGAUGGUGUUCAAGCUUGACCAACAAGGAAACGCUGUUUACACUCAAGACAUUGGAGAUCUCGUCAUUUUCCUCUCCAAUUCGGAACCUUUCUGUGUUCCUGCUAGCUCCUUCCCCGACCUGGAACCUAACAUGGUCAGAAUCUUAGACGUCGACGAAAAUGGAACUAUCAUUCUGGACACUUCCUACGUCAGUAGUCGGUCUCCUACACUCCCGGCCCCAUACUAUAUCCCACCUCAAAAAAUUGACUUGCAACUGGUCCCUUCCUUAGUUACCACCUUAACGCAAUAG